GCGAUCGCAGAUCAAGUUCAAAGUCAUCUUCGGCUAAUGGAUAAUGGUGCUUCCGUUGCCGCUGGCGCAGAGAUCGGCCAUAUAAAAGCCGCGGGAGAUCAUCGAUGCCACAGCACACAUCUUCCGUUGAUCGUCGCACAAACACAGCCAGCAAUCAUGAAAUUCCUGAUCAUCGCCGUUGCCUUCCUGGCCUGCGCCUUUGCCGAUGUCUCGGAGCUGUCCGGAUACGAUUACCAGCAGCCGGAGCUGCCCGCCCCCGCUCCAGUGGAGACCUACAUCCCCCCCGCACCGCCAGCACCGGCGCCCGUUGAGAGCUACAUUCCCCCCGCACCGCCAGCCCCCGAGUACAUCCCACCCGCACCCGUCCAGGCCGAGCAGUCCGUGAUCGAGGAGAUCGAGCAGCCCGCCCAGGACGGAUACCGCUACAAGACCGUGCGCCGUCGCGUCUUCCGCCACCGCGCCUAAGUCGCCGGGGGAUUCUGAUUCAGAGACCCUUAUUGUUGGUUCUUCCUAAGAUUGUUCGUUGACUUGAGUGCCGGAUUCGAAUGCCAUC